AUGAUCGUCACCAGUUUACCGGGGGUCACAUGGAUUACAUGCACGUACUGUUUAUGUUUCGUUAUCAUCAAUAACUGUAAGUCAUUCGAUAAUUAUUUCAGUUUAUAAUAAAUUGUAUUUUUUCUUAUCGAUAUUAUAGUUCAUAGUAGAUAAUAGAGCUAUACAACGACUAUUAUUUUAUAGUACAUUUACACAAAAAUAGAAUGAAAGGCAGAAACUUUAUAACGACGAACUCGGCGCAUUUCACAACACCAUUACCUAUGAAGUACCGGUAAUUACUCAAAAAUAGAACACUGCAUUAUAGGUUUUUAGAAUUAAAAUUUUAAAAAAGACGGGCAUAUUUCGCACGUGGGUGGGCCACUGUUGUAGGUGAGAAGUUUGGGAGGUAGUAGGGAAGGAAAUUUAAUGUAUAUCAGUACGCAAUGAAUAACCAUUGCUUCCGAAAAAACCAUAUUGAACGGAAUUCAGUUGAUAAUGUUGCUUUGUCAACAAUAUACAGUGUGUCCCAACAUGUUCGACGGAUUUUUCUAGUGCUGUUAACAUUAAAUUUUUUUCGAUCGAUUUGGAAAAAAUUAAAUUUUUAUUUUCAUAGCCUUAAACACAAAACAAAACUAACUUUUUAUUUAUUCACUUGAGAAAAUUUUCAAUAUAGUGAUUUCGUAAAAAAUAAUUAUUCUUAUUAUUUUAAUAUUUUAUACAUUCAUAUCCGAUUAAUAUAGUUUCUUAAUUAUAGCCGUUUUAAUUUCUAGAAAAUAGGCGUGAAAACAAUUAAUAUUCAAUAAAAUAUGCGAUAAAAUAUGAGCAUGGUAACACUUUACUAUUAAAGGUUCAUUUUAGAAAAAAAUGCUAUUAUUGUAAAUCAGAGCAAAAUUGCUGGUAGAAAAUUGUCCAUAAAAAAUUAAUUCAUUGUAAUUCAUAGGUAUUGCAAGAUGGGGGAGAAAAAUGUUUACAAAUUUAAAAUCAAAUUACAAUAGUUUUAAAUAUUUAAAAUCAAAAAAAAAUUAAAAUUGUUUAUCUAAAAUAAAGUCGUACGAGUCAAAGUUUCUUAGAAAAAAAAAUAUGACUAAAAAUAACAAAUUUGAACAUUGUUUUAACCACGCAGGGCAGUAGCUAGGAUAAACAUAAAAUGAUCGUAAACAAUUAAUCGCACGACAAUUUACCGCAAAUAAUUUAUCGUAAGAUAAUUGAUCGUAAUGGAAACUUACCCCAUGAAAAGUGAUCGCAAAUGAAUGUAAUUUAUGCCAGAACAGAAAAUAUUUUUCUUCCCAUUUAAACAGAUUUAGGACUGUCUGUAACUUAUUAAUUAAUUACAGGUAUGGUUAAAAAUGUUAAAUCUAAAAGUUAAACCUGCAAUUGAAUAUUAUAUGUAAUACCAUGAAGAAAAUCGUCAAUAUUUGUGUUAGUGUUAUAAUUGGUACAUAUUUGUUUUUAUUUUAACUGCUCUACUUUGGUGAAUUUUUUUCUAGUAGGUUUGUUAUCCCUACAUGCUGUUCAACUUUAAAUCUAUUAAUGCAUUAUUUUCUUUUUUUUGAUGUAUCUAUGAAACGCAAAAUGUAUGGAUGUUUACUAUUUAUAAAUGCAAAUAGGGGGUGCUACUGACCAAACCUAACGACAAACAAUUUUGAGCGAUGUUCGGUUGUACAUGUUUUGAAAGGCCGUAAUAUUUACGAUUAAGAAAUAAUACAGUUCGUAAAUUUUCCUUAUUAUUCCAACGUCUUUUCCCAUUUAUUUUGUUAGCACCUGAGAACAUCAAUAAACGUUCUCCCUAAAAAAUUAUCAUUUGAGUUCAAUUUCCCUUGAGAAAAAAUGCUAAAUUUGAAAAUCGGCCCAAAAUUUACGGUAGAAAUGUUGUUCACAGAAAAAAAAAAACACCGUUGAAAAACCAAUACAUUCAUCCCACUGUUCAGAAUAUAAAAUCAUACACAAGGAACAACGAAUUGGGCAGGUUUGCUAAACACCACAUUAACUGUUUGACUGUCAAGCGGCCGCGGCGGCCAUUUAUCCACAUCAAUUCCAGAAAAUAUUUGAAUUUCGACUGCUAUAAACAACCAUUACACACGCGCAAUACGCGGCCGCUGGUUACCAAAUAUUUCAUUUAGAUUCUUAUUUUAUCAGCACUGUACCUGUGUAUGUACAAUUGAGUUAUUCAUUGAACUGCAUCGUUACUCGCCUUACAAUAUUCCGUACCUAUAUUAUUUAAGACCCGUCAAAUUACAAUAAUAUUUCCAUUACCUACUUAUAUUGAAAUAUCAACAAUGACAAAUGUUUAUCUGUGCAACAAUGUUAAUAUAAUUAACAGAUAUAUACUAUUAUACUGUGUAUGAUUAUUUAUAUAUAGCUAAAUUUUAUUUGUACAAUAUAAAAGGUCAGAUUCGUCUAUUUGUCCGUAAUGACUUUUUUUAUUACAGUUCGAAUUGUGGAACCACGGUCGAAAUUGGAGUUAAGUACAAGUAUCAAAACUAAAAGAGUACAAUAUCUUCAAAGGUCGUGGGUAGUUUUUAAAAAAAAUGUAAUAAACACAAAUUGAAGCCGCCUUAGUUUUUUUUAUUUGGGGUUAAACUCUAAUUUCAGUUUAAACGACACAAUUUAUGUUCUAAGUAAUACGAUUUUACUAUGUCGUAAGUUAAUAAGAUGAAUGCGACAUGUGCGAUUAUAAUAUCCUCCUAACUACAAAAUUGUAGAUGUAACCAUGCACGUCCCACGUAUUUGUGAUUUAUCCUUUGUCAUAAUUACCACUGUAAUUUGGUGUCAUUUUACACCCAGUUGUCUAAAUUGUAAAUGUACAUAAAGUGUGUAUUGGUCGUUACAGCCCCUUUUAUCAGAUUAGCGCGAUUGACGUGCAAUAAAUUACCAUCAGUAAGUUUUCAAUAAUUUAAUAUAAUUUAUAUUCAGUCCAUCUAUAAAAUAGUUCACAAUUUGUGUUUGUAAUAACAAAUAAUGAUUAUUUCAAUACAACCAUUGCUCAAAUUUUGGUUUCAUUAAAAUGUAUACAUAAAAAUCUGUUUCCAUAAAGAUUUUCAGUAUUUAAAUAUAGGAGCAUUAGCAAUUUUAAACAUUUUAAUGAUCACUAUAACCGGUCACAUAAUCUUAAAUUACUAAAAUCAUCCACAUCAUUGGAUAUCACCAUUCACCAUCGUCUUUGUAUCAAACAUUAAACAAUAUGAUGAAACCCAUACUUUUUUAAUAAAAUGAAAUAAAAAUAAUAAUUACAACCAGUGGACUUAGUUUUUUUAGUCAUAAUAUCUAUUAUAAUAAAUAACGGAUUUUAAUUUUCUGUGUUCAAUCAAAAUCAACCGAGAUGAUGUGUUUUUUUAUAGACAUAAGUUCAAGAAUUAGGCGUGGUAAAAUUAUCUAUUCUUAUGACUUUAGGUACAUCCAUGAACCAAGGUAAUUAUGGCCAUAGAUUUUUGACAAAAUAAUUUUUCAUUGCAUUCACUUGAAUUGUAAUUGCGAGUCCUUGACCUGUAUAUGUGAAACAAGACAAACAUACGUGUGUUGUAAUUGUUUUCCGUUGCAUAUAUAUUAUAAAAUGUUUAUGAGUAGAUUAUAGUUUAAAGUUCGAUCAUGUUAAUAAACAUGAGUAUAUUGAAAGGAAAGUUGGUAUCUUAUUAUUUCUUUCUGUAUCAACUAACAAUGCAUAUUGCACGUAGAUAUAAUAUGUAUACAACAUCAUAAUUUAUAAUAAAAUAAAAGUGAAUAAAUGUAUAAACAUAGUGAGCAUUAACAAAUAAAUAAUUAUAAAUUGUAAAUAAAGUCUAUGGAAAUAAUAAUUAUUAACUUUAUCAUCUUUAUACACUUAAGCGUACAAUACAAAUACAUUAUUAUUAUUUACUCAAAUAUCUUAAUAUUAUUACUGAACUGUUUUGUUGUGCUUUCAUUAGAAUUUUAAUUAAUAUGCUGAUGAUUCAGAAUAUGUUUAUAUUUUAAUAUGAAUUAAUUGAAUUACAGAUCAUCAAAUACAAUCGCAUGCUGUUGAGAUAAAAACUGAUAUAAAAAAAGGUUGGUACAACAAAUCAUGUUUAUUUAUAUUUUAUUACGGUAAAAUAAGGAAUAUUUUGAAUAUUGUUUAAAUCCCUGGGGCUUCAACACAUUAUUCAGCCAGAGUUAUGGCUAUAAGUGGAACUUGUGUUAUAAAUAAAAAUUUUAUGACGAAAAAAAAAGCAAAAAACCGAAAAAAACAUCGACGCUAUAUUAAAAAUAUAGUGGUUCCAUCAAUCUAUCGGUGGGGGGGGAUUAGAAGAGGACUGUUCACUUCUAAAAAUUCUUUGAUAUUCAUAUUUAACAUAUUUAAAGAGUGUACUAAAAGAAGUGAAAAAGUUAGGUCUCCAUCAGAAAAUCUCCACUCUAUUGAGGAUAUUAAUGACUUCAAAUAAAGAAUUAGCAGUGACCUCAUCCAAAAUCUUGCUAAAUUUAAUGCUGGAGGAUUCAAACGAUAUCUUCUGACGAUUAAUCCUAGAAAAAUUAAGUUCUGCUCCUAUAUUCUCAGCUGUUAUGUUUGCAGCAAUUCAUUUUCGUGUAAGCGUUUACACGGUGAUUUUUCCCUAUGCCCACUAUUUUUUUGAUUUAAUUUGAGCAUUCCAGUAAAUCCAGAUUUUUUAAUAUAAAACGUAAACUAUCGAUAUAAAAUAUAGAAUUUAGUUUGAGGUGCAAGAGGAGAGAAGUAUACCCAUGAAAAUUGGUAAAACCUAAGAUUUAACGGUAGAUCUUAGUUUUUACCGGCAAAUAUCUAUCGCACGAGAUUAUUGUUAUUUUGCAUAUAGCUAUUUUACUUAAUAUUCUAUUACGAGAACAUCGAAAUAGUCACUUACCUCGGUAUUCUGCUUAAAGUUAACAAGAAGAUCGUUGCUCAAAAUGGAAGGAGCAAAAUUUAAGGAUGCAAUGUUUCGAUGAAUCGUUACAAUAUAUUUAAGUAGGUUUUCUAACUGUUUUGUCACCAAGUCUACAAUUCUGAGACGUCGGGUAGUUAAGAAGUGAUGACAAACGAAUCGUUUAGUGUAAUGAUUCGCUAACUAACGUAUCUUUGCAUAGCCAGUGACUAUUUUCGUACUGACACGUACGGUGCCUUACUAAUAAUUUGAAUUGACGUAUGCCGUAUUUGUGUGACAACACUGUUUAACAGAUGUUAUUUGUAGUGGAACUCGUAAUUGUACCUACUAAUUUAUUUUACAAAUAUUGAAUGUAUUUUUUUACUAAUAUUACAUUUUUAUUUUACUUAUUUCGUAGAAAAUUCAGAAAAAGAGCCAAAUUUCUGGAAAGAAUGGAAUGUUUACAUAGAAAAAGUUCAAAAAAAUAAAGGUAAUUAAAAUAAUUGUUGAAGGCCCAUUGUUGUUGGCAGUGUUGUAAAGUACUUCAGUAGAAGUAUUCAGAUAAUUUUUAAUUAUUCAAAUACGUAUUUUAAAUACAUUUGAAAAAAUUGCUUUGGCAGAAUAUUUGAAUGCUUUAUUUGGAAGUAUCCAAUUUUAAAAUAAAAUACUAUUUUUAAAUACUUUUUUCAUCGUACUGAAUAUUUAGAGAUACAAAUUUAAAUAAUAUAAUACAAAUUUUAAAACAAUUAUAUUUUUAUUUGUAUUUCAUAGCAUUUUACGUAUAUCAUAAUGUGUAUAAUCAGUUGAUUUUUUAUAUUUCUUGACAAAAAAUAUACUCGUUUGUCUGGACUCUGGACUACAACUAUAAGAUUACGUAUAACCUAAAUAUUUAUAAUCAUAAGAGUUCUAAUGUCCCAAGGCCUUUAUCAAUUAUAUUUGGGGUCCAACUAUACUUAUUUCACAUCAUUAAUAAAUUUAAUCUCAAAAAUGUUUAGGUGCAGUCACAAACGAACAAUCCAGUAAGCCAGUGUCAUUAUUGACUGGAAAUCCUCCUGUCAAUAAUAAUACCAAUGGAGAUAAUGGUAAAGAUCGUUUCAAUUGUAAAACUGUAACUUUACUUUGUUUGUACAUGCAGGUAAUUUACAUGAAGGUAAUUGUUUAAUUUAAAUUACAGAUGGUGUGGAAACUCAAUGGAGUGCAUACCACAAAAAAAUUGAAAAUAAUAAUGGUAUACCAAUAAAAUUCUAUUCAAAACAAUAAUUUAUUUUAUUUUUUUCUCUCGCUUAUUUUGGGAUAAUACAAAUUCCAGGUUGAUUUGAAUAAAGUGUAGUAAUUAUUUAACUUAGAAUUUUUAGAAAUCCAAGUCAGUGUUAUGAACAAUACGGUAACCCAGUGUCUUUAUUGACUGGAAGUCCACCUGUCAAUAAUAAUACCAAUGCAGAUGAUGGUAAAUAUCGUUCAAAUUGUGUAACUGUAAACUUUAUUUUGUAUGUACAUGAAGGUAAUUUUUUAAUUCAAAUUGGUUUAAAUUUAAUUACAGAUGAUGUAGAAUCUCAAUGGAGUUCAUACCACAAAAAAAUUGAAAAUAAUAAUGGUAUACCAAUUAAACCAUACAUAAAUACUUAGAAUACUUAUUUGCCUAACAUAAAUAAUUUCGUUUAGGAACCGCCACUAUUGAAGAGUCCACUGCAGUGCUACCUGCAAAAGGUAAUGGUUUAUUUCUAAAUAAAUGUAAACAAAAUAUUAUAGUAUGCUACUAAUAUAUUACUGUAGUAGAAUAAAAAGUAAGAGUACUAAAGUAAUAAGGUAGAAUAAGGUAGUGUACUAAAAAGUAAUAUAAUUUGGAAAUAUUUUAUGGUAUGAAAAUGAAAAGAAAAUAGUUUAAGGGAUUUUUAAAUUAUGGUUAUAUUAAAUAUACUUAUUGCAGAUAAAAUUUAAUUCUUCUCGGACCAGAACAAAUUUUAACUCUUCGUGUAUCUAUUUAUGGCAUUGUUGAAAUGUUAUAAGUUUUAUUUUGAACGCAAAAUAUAAAAUACAAAUGUUCCACCAAUUUAAUUGUAUUUAAAUUAUAAGGUGUAAAGAAAAUGUUUAAAAUGGAAAAUACUCGUAAGUAAAUAUAUAGAUAAAAAAUGUAUUAUUACUUGUCAUUAUACUCUGGGCGACGCAUUUAUUCAUUAAUUUUUUUUUUAUUUUAAUACAUAUUUAUAUAUUAAUUUUCUAUAUUUAAUCAUAUAGUUUUGUGUAUAUUAUGCAUAAUGAUGUAUACUUUGUUGCAGUUAUCAUUUCUCCAGCAUCACCUGUUAUUCUUACCAAUAAUAAUAAUGUCGAUAAAGGUAAAUUAAUAGUUUAUUAAUACUAAGCAGAGCUACGAAUAUGUAUUAGUUUUACAAUAAUGUUUAUUUUUAUUUAUCUUUUUUUUUUUUUUUUGAACAACUACAAUACUAUAAUUCUACAAUAAAUUUUGCUCUGAUUUUUAAAUGCAGCAGCGUUUUAUUUUUACUUUUACACGGGUUUUCAUAAUAAUUGGAAAAAAUCGGGAAAAGACGUAAGAAAACUAGGGAAAAUGUACGAACUGUAUUAUUUCCAAAUCAUAAAUAUUACGGCAUUUCACAAAUUAUAUAACCGAACUCCGCUCAAAAUCGUUUUUCGUUAGCAAUGGUUAAUCUUUGUACACAGAUAUACAUUAAAUUUCCCUUCCACCUUUCUAACUUUUCACCUACAACAGUACCUUACCUAUCGUAUGGAGUAUUUCUGUAUUUUUUUUAAAAUUAUUAUUGGUUUAGAGUUUUUAAUUUAUUUUAUGUUCUGCAAUAUUGGUAUUUGUAUAUAUAUUGAUCUAUUUUAAGGGAGUUUGACUGUAAAUUUUCUGGUUGUUUAUUUUAUUGUACUAUAAUAGUUUUCUAGUUUUUUUUUUUCUUUUCAACAUAAAGUUUUAUUUUACGAAUUUGAAUGAAUUUAUUUUGGUUAUAUUUAUCAUAUUAAAUAUAUAUUUUAAAGGCCUUAAUAUUUAAGAUUUCAGUCGAAAUUUGAUUUUAAAACUUAUAAAAAAAAAAAAAAAAAAAUACUACAUUACACAAAAUUGUCACAAAAUGGUAAUUUUUUUACAUUAAGUACGACUUAUAAAUUCAGUUUUGUAACUAGAACUUCUAGAACUUCUAAUGCCCGUAGCAAAAUAUUUCACAUGAAGGGAUUAAAAAUUGGAGCCAAGUGCAAAAUCCAUGUUGAGGCUCAAUGUGUUAAUUGAUUGGAGUAAAAGAAAAAAGUCAAUCGCAUUUUUUUUUUUUUUUUUUUUAUUCACCUGAUUUGGGGCUUCUAGAGGUCAUGGGCCCGUGUCUCAUUGCCCGUUCUACCACCAUAUUGAUACGUCACUGCUUAUAGGAAACCGCUUGUCCAAUUUUCAAUCAUUUCAGUUUAGUCUAAACAAUUUUAUCCACAGAGUAUCUACCAACAAAAAAUUACGUAAAAUCUCGCAAAUUUAAGUGUCUUAAUACAUCAAAAAUGGCUUUGUUGACAAUUUUUUGAAAAUAUUAACACGUUUAGAAAAAUCAAACAUAAGUUUUGUCAGUCGCUAUAUUAUAUUUAAAGGAACGUAAUCGACCAAUUGUCAUUUUUCAAUUAAAGUAAUAUUUCUGGUAGAAAACAUAAGUUGUAAAAAUUAAUAUCAAUGAAAACAGUAACUUCGUACCGUACCGUAAAUAUUUGCAGUUAUUACUUUAAUUUUCUUUCGGGUUUUUUCCCAAUUAUUUUUCAAACCCUCUAGAAAUCAAAAAAAUGACCUUCCGAAUGCCCCAACUUUACUCGGGUUAUCGAGAAAAUGCUACUCCCUGGUGCAUCUACCGACACAUGACAGCGUCAGGUUUAGUGAGAAUGCAAGAGAACGGACGAGUUUUGGUCACUGCCCAGUAGUGUUCUCUUGAUGGCUCGAGUAUAGAUAAAAAUACUUAAAUAUUAAAGUGGUAAAAUAAAAAAUAUAAAAAACAUCGUAGUAAAACCAAUAGAUCUCUACGUUAUGCUCCGAAUUUAACAUGAUUAUCUAAUAAUACCUACAAUGUGCAAUACACGCAAUUUUAAAAAAUCAUCAUGCAUUAUUUUAAUUAUUUACAGGUAAAAUGGAAGUAGCAAAUAUCACUUCAAUCAAUGAUAAUACAAUAACCGGUAAAAUGUUUUUUUUUUUUUUUUAUCAAAAUUAUAGAAAAAUACAUAAAUAAUAUCUUUAAAUUGCCAUAAUUUGUUUAUAACAUUAAUUUUGUUUAUUUAGUAAACCUCUCUUCUAACAAAACUAACAAUUUUAUCUACUUAUUGCUUAUUACCUAAAUUAUUAUUUUAUACGGGUAAAUUAUUUCGUAUCUUCUUCUUCUUUUUCGCCAUUAUUCCAAAUAUUUGGGGCCAGUCACAAUUUCCACUUAACACGAUCUCCCAUCUCGCAUACACCGGUUGUCCAACCGUAUAUCACAUCCAGUUAACUCUUUUUUGGUUUUUAUCUCUGCCUCUUAUUGUCUUCAUUUUUUUAAUUACAAUUCUUACUAUUUCAAAUUCCUCUUUCUCCGUGAUAUAUCCAAAUUCUUUCUGUCUAUUUUAUCUCUUUUUGCCUAAUAGUGAAGCCACGCCUAAGCUACCUUUUAUGUAUUUUACUCUCAUCUCAUCUUUACUCGUCACUCCACUCCUUAAACUAAUGUCUACUAAUCAUAAUAUCUCUCUACUACACUAUUUUAUUUUUCUGUCUACUAUCCAAAAAUCCAAAUCAUACAACAUAUUUAGUCUCACCAACAUUUUCUAGAACUUAACUUUAAGUUUCUUUGGAAUUCUCUCGUCACAUAAAUAAACCUGAAGUGUCUCUCUUAUUUAGAAUUCUUAAUACUGCUUGUAUAUACAUAAUUUUAUACCUUUUGUCGACCUGACACAACCCCAUUUGUCGCCUCUUACAACAGGUAGAGGUGACUGAGAUUGCUUUUAAUGUAUUAAUAAAAUUACCCUAUACCUUAUAUCAUCCAAACCUUUCACUCACUGCAGUGGCCCAACUAUUAACUUCCGACUUUUUAAUUACGUGUUCAUAUGUAUCUAUUUUUAGAUGUCGUCAAAAAUUAUUUAGAAGAAUAUUUUGGAAAAAUUGUUAAGAAAAGUGGUAAAUAACAUGAUAGAUAUUAAUGCAUAAUAAUAUUAUCUGUAUAUGAUUUAUUUAUGUUUUUGAAAAUAUUUUCAGAUAAAAUUGAAAUAUCUGUGCUUUUGCCUCUCAUAAAAAAUCAAGGAAACGGUAGGUAACAUUAAUAUAAUUUAUAUUUAGUUACACAUUAUUUUAUUACAAUGCAACAAUUUCUUUGAAUAUAUCAAUUAAGUAUGAUUCUGUUAUAUAAAUCGCUAUAUUUGUAGAUGACGAGAACCAUUACACCAUUCAGAUUGAAGUUCACAGUUCAAAAUCUGCAAAAAAAGGUUAGGUAAUUUUGUUUAAAUAACAAUUUUUCUAAAUAAAUACAUCAAUCGUUGAUAAAUUCUAAUUCAAUUUUCAGAUAUAGUUCAAGUAUCCACGAAUACGUUCAUAACACAAAAUGACCCAAAAGAAAGUAGGUACCUAAUUAAACAUCCGUACAACUUAAAAGCUAUAAAAUACGUGUGAUUUGUUUCAUCUAUUUGUUUUAAAACAUUUUGAAGAAGACUUUAGUGUUUUCCCUCAAUAUUUAUUUAUUUGAAAUUAAUACAUAUACCAUAAGAAAAAAUCAAUAUAAAUUUUGUAAAUUAUAAUUGCAAAUAAAACAAUAGUAACCAAGACUUCUCCCCUGAUAAAUCAUUCCAGAAAAAAAAGUAAUACAAAUAUUUUAUAACAUAAGUAUUUUAUAAGUAUGAUGUAUCCAUUUUAGGUACUUUAUAUUGUAUAUCCCAUAUAAUAUAUUUAUUUGAAAUAUUUUCAUAUCACCAACCACCUACCAAAUUGUAUUCUUAGUUUUCUUUUAACGAACGGAUUUUAUUAAAUUCAUAAUAAUGCAUGUAUCGUUUUAUUAUAAUUUCAGACCAAACAACUGAAUCCACGGCUUCCUCCAUCAUAAAUAAUUUCAGAAUAAAAGGUAAUUUAAUUAUAAUUUAUGAUAUAAAUAAGCAUGGAGCAUUCUUUAUAUUGUGUUUUAUCUUGCACAGAUUGGUUCUCGCUCGAUAAGUAUUUUUUGAAACAAGUGACCAUUAGGUUAUCAAAAUUACAUUUCGUUAUUUUUUGUCACCGGUAUUUUUAAUGGUAAACCUAUACACUACCCUUUUUCUUUAAAUACCAACCUAUGUUAAAAAUCCAAAAUAUAUAACGUAAAUACAUUUUAAUGUUAAUAUUUUUUAAAUUUCAUUAAUUCGUCAACGAGGUAUAUUACUUAUAAAUUAGGACGAGAAGAGAGUAGUGGAGCAUAAUACGUAUUUUUUUUCUUUUAAUUGAUAAAGAUGUAUGUAUUGUUUUGUUAUGAUUUCAGAUAACACAAUAGUAUCUACGGCUUCCCCCAUAGUAAAUAAUUACAGGAAAAAAGGUAUAGCUUACUCAAUCAAAUUAUUUCACAUUAACAUAGAUCAUAUGGUACUUUAUAUUUUAUAUGUUAUAUAAUAACCCAACUAUAAAAUUAUUUAUAAUUUUUAAGUAAAAAUCAUAAUUUGAAUGUCUAAAAUUUUUCUUACUAUUAUAUUUAUGCUAAAUUCUAGAUGAAACAAGUGUCACCACGACUUCACGUACCACGAAUUAUUCCAAAGCAAAAGGUAAUUUAAUUACUUUACGAUAUAAUUAUAGUUAUUAUAGGUCAGUAUAGUAAUGUGAUAAUUUCAAUACAGACUGUUCGCUCAACCAGAAACCAUUGACGCAGUAUAGGGGGUACUUGGAGAGGUUAUUUUUCAAUUUUUUCAAGAGUUUUCUUAUUAAAUUUGGAAAACCGGGAUAAAACAUAGGAAAACUCGGAAAAUCAUUACAACAUUAAACAAUUAUUAUGAAAGAAAAUAUAUAAAGCCUUUUUAAUUAUUUUACUACAAAAUGACAUACAUAUUGUUGACAAAGCAUCUCAAUCAACUGAACUCCACUCAGAAUCUUUUUUUCGUUAUCAAUGGUUUAGUGUUGCUUACAUGUAUACAUUAAAUUAUCUAUAACAGCGGAUGCACCCAUCCCCAUUAUCUAGGACGUUAUUUUUUUUUUAAAUUGAUAAAGAUGCAUGUAUUGUUUUGUUAUAAUUUCAGAUAACACAAUAGUAUCUACGGCUUCCCCCAUAGUAAAUAAUAACAAGAAGAAAGGUAUAAACUACUCAAUUAAAUUAUUUCACGUUAGCAUAGAUUAUAUGGUACUUUAUAUUUUAUAUAUUAUAUAAUAACCCAACUAUAAAAUUACGUAUAAUUUUUAAGUAAAAAUCAUAAUUUGAAUUUCUAAAAUUUUUCUUACUAUUAAAUUUAUGCUAAAUUCUAGAUGAAACAAGAGUCACCACGACUUCACGUACCACGAAUUAUUCCAAAGCAAAAGGUAAUUUAAUUAUUUUACGAUAUAAUUAUAGUUAUUAUAGGUCGGUAUAGUAAUGUGAUAAUUUCUAUACAGACUAUUCGCUCAACCAGAAAACAUUGACGCAAUUCGGGGGGUGUUUGGGAGAACUAUGCACUCCCAAAUUUUUGUAUUAGCUAUUCUACAUUUCUUAUCACAAUAAAAAUCUAAUACAGUUUUAGGCCGUAUAAUCGCUAAGUAAAACAGUGCAUAUCUCAAAAUUUAACAAAAUAAGAUUAUUUUCAAUAUUAAUAAAACAAGUUCUUUUGAACAUUUAUUUAUCAGGAGAAUUUUCUAUGCGAUUGGCGGUUACACUGUUAUUAACAAAAAUGUUAUUACUAUUUGUGUCGUUAAACUACAAAAACUGAGAUAUUAUGCACUGUUGCACUUAAGUUACGAUAUGAAGUUUAGCUGUAGGAUUAACUAUUCGUAUAAUUUCGGUUUUUUUUUUUUUUAAACUAGAUAGAAUUUUAAAAUUUUAUUUCUCAAAUUUCAAAUAUUGUCAUUUUUUUUUUUAUCAUCUGACAUAUAUUUAUUGGUUGCAUUUUUAGAUAAAAUUGUAACAUCCUCUGUUUCAUCUAAUUCAAAAAAAGACAAUAAUAGAGAAGGUAAUUAAAAUUAUCUAUGGAUUUAAUAUUAUGAAAAUAAUAGUAUUUCAUGGAUAUGCUAAUGAUAUUUUAUUUAUUUUUUUCGAUUUGAAAAAUUUUAAUAAUUAUACGAUUAAGAAAACGUAUAGUACUUUAUAAGUAAAAAUCGAGGUUCAUGAAUUAUAAGAAUCAUAAUCGAUGUAUUUUUUUUUUUAUAUUAUUUGCGGAGGAACAUAUUGGUUUUGCAACGAUGUUUUUUUUUCUAUGGACAUUUUUUUACCAGCAUUUUUCUCCAACUUUUAGGUGUAGCUUUUUUUCUAAAAAUAAAUCUGUCUGGGAUGGUACUUUAUGGAAGUAAUUUUUUGAUUUCCCCAGAAGUUUUAAUUUUUAAUGGGAUAAACCAAGAAAAAGCGUAAGAAAUAUGGGAAAAUUUACGAAACGUAUUAUUUUCAAAUCCUAAAAAUUACGGCCUUUCGAAAUAUGUAGAACUGUACUUCGCUCAGAAUCGUUGUUCGUUAGCAAUGAUUAAUUCUACAACAGCGGCCACCAAUCGUUCGAAGUAUGUGCAUAUUUUUCUUAUUAUAGAUACUGCACUAUACUUUAUUGGACAUUAUGACAUUUUUCCAUCCUUUAAUUUCUUUUUGAAUUACUUGCAGGAAAUUAAAUUAAAUCUUUCUUUUAAUGGCGGCACGCCAGAUGAGAUAAGUGAAGCGAUAAUUCCUUAAAUCAAUUGAUUUAUUUGCAUUAAAAUUGAAAAUUGUUUUCAGAUUUUCUCUAAUCAAAACAAUUUCGAAAUAUACAAUUUGCAUUAUUUUAUAUUAUAUAGUACCUGUUCAACAAUACGUGUUUUUCAGCUUUUUGUUUUUUCAGAAUGUUACUGUUACAACCAAUAUGGCCAAUUGUGCCAUUGUAAUCACAUAUUGCAGCCUGUACCAAUAGAGAGAUGGCCGGGUCACGGUUGGCCGCAUGUACAGCCGUGCGUAAUGGAAAAUCAACACUCGGCUGAAAGGCGUCAUAUCGCUAAACAGCAAUUGGUAACGGAAAGGUUGGUCAAAGCCAAAGAGACAUGGCAUACGACCCAGAGAUCUACAGCAAUGUCUUACCAACAAUUUCAUUGGAUGUAUCCGUUGAAACAGAAAUAAUGAAUUAAUAAUACCGGAAUUACUUUACAUAUUACGCGCGUCGUAACAUAAUUUCUAAUAAUAUUUCUACAUAUUGUAUAGAGUAAAUUAUAUACGAUAUGUUCGAUCACAGUAAUAUUAUUGUGAUAUAUGUAAAUAUAUCGACAUUUAAUUUUCGAUUGUGUUUCGCAUAUAAUUUUAAGUAACACCUUAUAAUUGGUACCGUAGGUACAUGGUAUAAUGCCUGUAUAAGAAAAAUUGAUAAUAAUAUAUUAUACAUUUUUAAUUUUUAACGUAGUGGU